AAAGAAAACUACACACGUUUUAUUUUGUUUUAAUUUUCUCCACUAAAUUGAAGAAAAUAAUGGAAAAAUCUCCUGAAACUAGUAGCAAAAGUUCCAUGUUACCUGUGCUAACAUUUCAACCGGUUACCAGUCAACAAGAUAAACCCGAAACCUCUAAUAUACCAUGUGUAAAAUGUGACAAAACAUUUCAGUUUCCCCAACAUCAAGAUGACUAUUUGGGUCAUUUGUUCCUGAGCCAUCGUUUAGUGAUAGCGGAUGUUAGUGAAAUACCUUUACUGGAAGAAUAUCUAAAAUAUUGGCAGCUUGAGUUUCAACAACAUGAAUUAGAAGAGUAUUGUACCACUAUGCUGUUAGAUCAACUGCCCGAUGGUUCACCAGGCAAAAAUGAAAAGUAUUACUUAUUAAGUGAUAUACUACCCAAGGACUUUGAGCUGAGAAAGAAACUUAAGAAAGAACGCUUGGAAAAAGCCUUAGCUCAACAUCAAUUUGAAUUGACGGAUCGCAAUUUUAGCCGGGAAUGUUUGUACUGUCGUGAUGUGAUAACGGGUUUACGUUCUUUGUAUUUAGAACACUUGUUCAAUAAGCACUUUUUACAAUUGGGUAAACCCGAAAAUCUUAUAUUUAUCGAUGAACUUAUAGGCAAGGUACAAGAUAAUUUGGAAAAUCUCAUUUGCCUGUACUGUGAAAAAGUCUUCAAAGAUCGUGUCACUUUAAAAGAGCAUAUGCGCAAAAAGGCUCAUAAAAGAAUAAAUCCCAAUAAUAAAAAUUAUGAUAAAUAUUUUCUACAAAACUACAAAUUUCCCGAUCAUAUAACCCAUACACGCAAUCAACAAAAAAGGCAUAACAAACCGCCGCAACAACAACAAACCCAGCCCCAAACAACCAGCCAGAGAAACAGAUCUACCUCGCAACGUACCGCCGACAGUGUGGACUUUGAGCAAAGAUUUGCCCACAAAUCUGAGGAUAGUGAUUCGGAUUGGUCCGACUGGAAUGGUGAUGACGAGGCCGUGCCACCCUUAAAUUGUCUCUACUGUCAACAGCAAUCCAAAGAUUUCAACGAUUUAAAACAACAUUUACUGCAAGAACAUAAAGUGGAUUUUGAUGCUGCGGUUAAAGGUUUAAAUUUCUAUCAGAAAGUUAAAGUUGUUAAUUAUAUUCGCAGACAAGUGUGUUUAUUACGCUGUGUUAUGUGUAAUCAACGUUUUGAGUCGCAGGAAUUGCUGGUGCAACAUCUAAAGGAUGAAGAGCAUUUUGGCAUUGGCACCCAAAAGCAAUGGGAUAAACCGGAAUAUUUCUUUCCCACCUAUGAAGAUGAUGGGUUAUUGUGUAUAUUGGAUGAUAAUCCCAAUGAUGAUAUGGAUGAUACGGUGGUGAGGAUAAUAUCGGAAGAUCCAGUUGCCCAGAUAAAUAAGGAUGCGGAGAGAUUGUCAUUGGAGAAUUUUAAUUUUUUGUAAAUACAAGUAGUUAGCAUAUUAAGGGAGAUAAAUAUAAAAAAGUAAAAUUUAAAAGGA